AUGAAUAACAUUGUUGCUUCUGUUGCCGCCCAGACUGCUGCAAAGACUCUAUGGGAUCUAGAAAAGAGGGAAAGACAGAUCCGUGCUGCUGAGUCCAGAGCAUUAGAAGAUUUUCGAGUGAAGGUCAAAUAUGCCACUUAUCUUCUGCUAGGGGGUGUUGAGUAUUGGUGGAGGAGUACAAGGUUUUUGAUGGGACCAGCUCACGAGGAGGUGAACUGGGAGUCGUUCAAACGAAAGUUUUUGGACAAAUAUUUCCUGAUGAGUACCAGGACUAAGUUGGGCGAUGAUUUUCUUAAAUUGCGCCAGGGAAGUAUGACAAUGGGUGAGUAUGCUGCUAAGUUUGAAUCGUUGUCAAGGGAGGUUGAGGAUAUGAAGAACAAAAGGGCCAAUCGAGGAGGAAAUUUUAAUUCAGGAGGGCCUAUUCGGGUGAACCAACAAGACAACAAAGGAAAACAAGUUGCUAAAUCCUAUGACCGACGACAAAACUACAACAAGGAACAGAAUCACCCGGGGAACCAAGACUUUGGGAGACAAGUGGGACAAAAACCAGGGCACUUUGCAAAGAAUUGCAAGGCUCUGAAGGUGGAACCAAUAGUGAAUGUAACUAGGACUACUUUUCCUACUGCUAGAGGACGUGUUUAUUGCAUGGGUGCUGAAGCUGGAAAUCCAUCUAGCAAUCUGAUUCAACGUGACUAUGAGAUUACAGGUAACUCUCUAACUGCACUUUCUGAUUCGGGGGCAACCCAUUCCUUCAUUGCUAUGAAUUGUGUGAAUCGUUGGAAGUUAUUUGUGUGGUUGUUUCUACGCAUGCUAAGACUUUGA